UGUUUGCUUAAAAAAAUAAUUCCACCCUUGAACAUGAGUAAACCUGAGAUUAUAAUUAAUUACAUUCAGAAGCUUAGACAUCCAAUAAAAGAGAUUCGUGAACGCUCUCUUCAAUCAUUAAAAUCCAAAUUCAAGUUGGGAUGGGAGUUCGAUGAUGAGAUUUCGGGAACCAGGUUUCUAUUGGAAUCCUUAAUGGAAUGGUUCAAUGACGAGAAACCGCUUCUACAGCGAGAAGCUUUAGAUUUGCUACACUCAGUAAUAAAGACAAAAUCUGGGACAUACAUCGUACAAGAAAUAGGCUUAAACAAUUUGGUUACAAAAAUACAGAAAUUUAAAGAUAAAAUAGAUAAGGAUGCAUUAAAUAUCUAUGAAGACAUUAUGGAGAGUCUGACCUUCUUAAACACAGUGUCUUCAGAAGAAAAUUUGAAUAUUCCAAGACUAAGUUUAUCUGAAGAAAUGAGAGCUGAAAGUUGUGGGAGAUCAAGCAGCAGUUACUAUAAUUUAGCUUCAAGCACACAGAGUUCAAAAGAAUCAUCGGUUUUAAACAUAUGUUUAGAUGUCAACGGGCAAAGUUCGAAUUCUGAUGAUGGUGUAAAAGUGCUGCUAUUUCCAUGGGCUGAUCUAAGUCAAUCAGAUAUUAGACCCAUUCUUUUAAUCGAGGAUGCUCUAAGGCUACUUCGUUCUACCAGACGAUGUUGCAGAUUUAUCCGAGAUGUAUUUUUGCGCGAUUUUCCUGCAGAAAUAUUCUUAAAUCGUCCUCAAAUUAUAAAGAAUCUUUGGUCAAUGAUUGAUGGAAAUAAUAAAACUCAUUCUGAAGAGGCACUACAUGUACUAUUUCACAUAACGUCUGCAUUGCGGUCCAGGCUCUUACAAUUAAAGUCUUUUGACCUCAAAUACAGCAUCCAGUUUACAGGCGAUGAUAAAAUCUCGCAGAAUGAUGUUAAUUUAGAGCUGGAACAAAUUACAGGAGAUGACUUUUCUGGGUCGUUAGAGGAAGAUAAACUCAUAGCUUUAAAGCAAUUACCUGCUCCUAUUUUUACUUUAGAAUCCCUUCAUAGUAUAUUUUCUACAAUGAAUAGGAAUUUAACUUUUUUUGAACAGAAUGAAUUAAGUGACAUUCUUGCCUGGAAAGAACUAAAUACAUUCUUGCAAUUAAUCGAGGUCCUUGUUGGAUUGCUUUUCGACUGUGUUACGGAAAAAUUCUGGUCUGUUGACCAUACUUCGAAGACUCACAGAGAUAUCUCUCACAAAAGUUGUAUGGUCAUGCGCGUAUUAGGGGACAUACUUACGAAGUACAGAGAAUCAUUUUUCAAUGACACAGCAGCGGAGCGUUAUCGAGUUGCUUGGUUACGUUUGAUAUUUUGUGGGGAAAGAUUUCUUAAUUGGGCGAGAAACUCAGCUUUACCACCCUCAUCUCUGGUAUCCGCCGUACAAGCUGCGCAACUAGAUCCAGCGGUGGACUUAUUUUACCCUGAAUUGAGUAAUAGAAUAUCAAUUGUUUUGCAGAAUGUGAAUCUGUCUGUAGACCAAGAAUACAAAAGUAAAUACCGAGAGUUGAAAAUGCUAUUCUCCAGCAUGGAGCACGCUGUAAACUUUAUGAAGAAUAAGAAUUCGUGUCGUAAUACAACCAAAGUACUGACCGUCAUAACAGAUGCGCUUCCUACUUUGGAAUUGAUUCAAAGCGAGACUUUUCUAAAUGACGUUAUAAAUGUGUUAUUGAUUAAAACUAAAGACUUUGUUAUGGAUGAAAACGAUUGGUCCAAGGCGAGGAAUAUAGCUUUGAAAUUGAUGGCACACAAUUCGGAGUGGGUUCGUGCCAAAUUCUAUGAGAGAAUGGCGGAUAUGGUGAAAUCAAUUUUAGUCGAUGAAACCAACCAAUCGGUUAAUGAAAAAAGUUUGACUUUGAUAUGUGAUGUGGGAGUUUUGACUGAGAUAUGCUGUCACGGUCUUUCUUCUAAAUCAAAGGAGGUAGAGGAACAUGCUACGGAUGUUAUGCUGUAUCUGCUGCGAGGGCGGCUGGUGCUCAGUGACGGUUGCUGGUGGCGUCUGAUGGCCAGCUUGUUGCCCGUCCUACCGCUGCUACACGUAUACGCUGCACACGAAACACAUCUUGGACGAGCGAUUUGCAAGUCACUGGAACGCGACAUCGCCAAUUGCAUGGGCGUGUCGAACGCGGACUUGAUAUCGGGCUUGGUGCGGCUUUUAUUCGUGCGGUGCGCUACGGUACAGUUAGACGCCGCCCACUCCUUAUGUCGUUUACUAGACGACGAAAGAUACUUACCUCCGCAGCAAUCUCUAAGAGUUGAUGUUUUACUAAGCGCAUUAAGAAGAGUGAAAACUCAAGAGUUCAAUUUGGAUACUUCUAGUUCACCCACAAAGAUGAUACAGACGACCGCCCUAUUACAAAUGUUGGACGUUUUAAAACAAGGCAUCGUGCUGGACGAGCGCGGCGCCGAGCUCGUGGCGCGCCCCCCGCUGCGCCCCGCGCUCGAGCCGUCGCUGCGCCGCACCACCCUGCAGCAGCUCGCGCUCGUCAUGCGGCAACAACAACUGCACGAAACAUUCAUGGAGUACGACGGCCUUCGAGUUGUCGUGGCUACGUUGAGGAUGUCCUUACUGGUGGAUGACUAUCUUGCGUUUCCGGAGUGCGCGGUCAGCUGCGUGUCGGUGCUAAACAGUGUGUGCUUCACGGCUCGUCACGCCUUGGCCAAGAUACCUGACCUAUUUUUGCUAUUGUUGAGAGUGAUAUUGGUGUUUCCAACAAAUGAAGCUGCAGUGGCUAUGACCGCACAAGUGCUGGCUCUAGUGGCGUGGGCCGGAUUUGUAUUACAAGAGCUAGAUUCUGCUCGACGUCGCGUACCAGCUCUGCCAUUAAACGUGACGGACCGGAUAUCUCUGCCUUUUAACGUCCACAGCUAUUGGAGCACUAGCCCUAAUGCUGAACAUUCAUACAUUGAGUGGUUGUUAGGGGAGGAACAGUGGCGUGCAUGUAUCCGCGUGCGCUGGUGGUGCACGUACGCGGGGCGCGCGUGCGUGCUGCAGGGGCCGAGCGCCGCCGCCGCGUGCCCCGCCCCGCUGGGCCUGCAGCCCGCCGCGCGCGACGUGGCCGCGCUGAGGACGGCGUGCCCGCAGUACGCGUGCGGCGCCGCCCUGCUCGCGCUCGAGAACGCGACCUCGCAUGCCCAGGUCAAUGAUGCGCUUCAUCGAUUAGAAAGUUACAUACACCUUGUUUCAUCUUCGACAACAAAUAUGGAAGAGUUCAGUUCGUUGCCCUGGCAAAACAUGCAAAAGUUCAUAUCGGCACCGCCCGCCUCUUCCAGAGACACAAUCUUAUUAACAACACUAUUGCACUUCAUUAUAACCUAUAUGGAUAACUUACCCAAUGAAGGCGCCACACUGUUCUGGAUCAAACAGGCCUUCAUCGGAAACGAUGCUUCCAUAAUAACGCUUUUGAGUCGAGAACAGUUUUAUCCGCAACAAACGACACAGGAAUGUAUAGAAGUGACUCAGCUGCACAUACACAUCGUUAAAGUGCUUCUCAGGUGUGUUAUAUUGUUAGAGCGUGACGAAUAUAGUACAAAUAAACUGGAGAGCCUCUUGAAGAUAUUACUCGCGUGCUUGGAAAGGACUGAAUUGAAAAAUUUUCAUAUGUUAGGAUACCUCAACGAACUGACGCGUUGUGUUCGACACGCCCUGAACUCCCGAUACUGCAAGCUGUCACAGGAAACGCUCAUCGAAUGUAUGAAGUUGCUCACGAAAACAUUGAACGGCUGCGCGUCCGGGGCUGGCUGCAAGGGCCAGGCGUGUAGACUGGAUAUAAUGCUGUCAAUAUUGGCUUUGUUAAGGGAAAUAUUCGAAGAAGCCAUACCCGUUCAGAGAUGGAGUGAAGCGUGGAGCAGCGAUGCGGUGAGAGAAGUAUUUGUGUGCGGUAACAGUAGGCGAGUGGAACUACGGGCGGCCGCCAUACACGUUGUAGCCUCACUUGCACAUUACGCGCAGUUCUUACCACAUUUGUUGCAAGCUAUUGAAGAGGACUCUCUGUCACAAUACGCGGCCCGCAUUUUCUCGCAUGAGGGUGAAUCCAACAUCGUCCGAGUAGCCGCCGCCGACUUAUUAACUUCUAUAACAGCAAGAGCUUCACCGAAGUCCAAUAUUCUCGAAAACGAAGUUUUGGAACAGCUGAAGGAAAAUAAUAUACUCGAGUCAGUUCUAGAUAUACUAGUUGAGUUCUGUAACACAAAACAAUAUAAACAAAUAAUCGAACCGAACAUUUCAUUGUCUGUGUUGGAUCGUCGGUCGGAGAUCGAGGUUCGUGCGAAUAAAUGCAGCGACUUGUGGAUACGUCCGAGCACCGCGCAGUGCAGACGGCCACCGCCCAGCAUUGAACUAAUAGCGGCCGUCGCUGACCUGUUACACAAUGUUAGCGCAUUUGCACAUUGUCCCCUACAGGAGUGGAAUGAACGCGGACUGUACAGACUUUUGUUCAGAUGUGUAACGUCGUGCAGUGCAGGACAACGGGAGACUGGUACGAUGCGGGGCGCUGCGUGUCGUGCGCUCGCGGUCGUGACGUCACACAAGUGCGUACGCACAACGCUAGCGUCCACUAAAGACUGCCUGCAUAAUUUGCUAAUGACUUUGUCGCCGGUACAGGAAGAACACGUGGAAGGCGAUUGCAUAUUCGCGCGGUCCCAGGGAUUGCUGCUGUUGGCUUCGUUGUUGAAAGAGCGAACUGUAAUCCGCAGCUUGUGGACUGAACAGAGAGAGUUACUGACUUCUUUACUAGUUUUGAUACAACAAGCUCUGCAAAGCAAUGAGACAGAAUUUCGAGACGCGGCCUUGUGUUGUCUGGCACAACUCGUUCAGUCGAUUGGCCGCGAGAAGCACGUUGAUAAAACGAAUGAUCUGUCCAUCGUAGAUUUCUAUGAUAAUGUGAAGUCUUCCCUUGUGAACAAUAUGGGGAGCGUCGGCGACGGCGACGGCGGGCCCGAUGAUUGUGUACCCGAAUACAUGGCCGAGGAGUUGUGUAAAAUACUUGUAAACCUGUAUCGGAAAAUUUUGCUGGACAAUAAAAAGCAUUUGGCUAGUCAAAACGAACAAUGGGUGAAUAUAUCGUCAUGCCUAUCAUCAGUGCUAGCCGUGAGUCCACGAAGCCGUGAAUUCGGCGUGCACCGCCACCUGCCGAAGGUGUUGCUCGAAAUGUUGCAGGCGGCGCGCGACCAUCUCUCGGUUCAAGGGAAGCCGGCUGAUGUCAUCCGCAAUGCUAAUAACAAUCCCGUUCUAUGCACGUUGUACUGGGUGCUCACCAGCGUCGAUUGUUUGAUGGUAAAUUGUCCUGCUGCCAAGAUAAGUUUCGCGGAGGAUAACAUAGCGCUGUCGCUCAACAAGCUCUGGCCCUGGUGUAUGAUGACUGACCAACUACGCCAGGCGGUCAUGCAUUUGCUUUACACGUUUACGAACUAUUGUGAAAAAGCCUAUUCAUCGAUGUGCACGUGCGUGAGCGGCCGCAACCUGACAAGCGAGGUGUGUGCGCUGGCGGCCCGCGAGGCGGCGCUGCAGUCGCGCACUAGGGCCGACUCGCUGCUGCUACUCGCUUUAAAUACGUUGAGGAAUUGCCUCCACCAUCACCACUGUCGAACCAUCAUUAUAAAGAGCGACGUGUUGAGUUCGGUGUACAGAAUGUGCGUCCGAGAGCGCGUCCGCGGCGCGUGCGGGGCGGCGGACGCGUGGGCCGGGUUCGUGGAGACGCUGUCUCGGCACGCGGACGGCGCGGCGGCCGUGCUCGGGGCGCUGGCGCCGCGCGCCGCCCUGUGCGCGCUGCCGCCGCCGCUGCGAGCUAAGCUCAUGCCCGCUCUAGCUCACGGGGCGCAUUAUCAUCGCGUUGCUUUUCUGCAGUCCUCUGAUCUGCUGGAGCUCCUGUCGGGGUCGCUGUUGGCGGGAGAUGUCGGGGACGUGGUCAGCGCCGCGCGCGCCGUCUGGGCACUCGCCGCCAACAACCACAAGGCCAAGUUGUUGUUGCGCAGUGCUGGUAUACCGGCGGCCGUGCACUCUGCCUUGCAGCGGCUGCAGCGACACCAGUCCGAUGCCGCCUCUAUGCGAGCGCUGCAACUGCUGACCUACACCAACACCGUCUUACAAGCCACGUGAUAAUAAAUACAAACUUCAUACAUAGUUUUUAUAAUAACAGGGAAAAAGAAAACGAAUUUUUAUUUGAAAUGUUUGAAACUUAACCGAAAUCUAAAGACUGUUUUUGCGAUUGCUCUUAUUGAAGAAUUUUUUUUUUUACUUUAGUUAGUUGUUCAAGAUGAAUAUGUGAUUGUGAUUAUCUGGUAAUGAUUGUAUUCUGGUAUAUAAAAUAAUAUAAAUUUGGAAAUAUAAAGCAUGUUAUUGAAAAUGU